UGGCUAUCGUGUGAUCUGGCCGCAUGUUCAUUCGCCACCGCUGGUCCGGUUACGAUCGCCUCUCCCCGGAUGCGAGUUGAUUUUCGUUUACAUAGAGUGGCGCCAAGAAAAUGAAGUUAAGGUUCGUGACAUUGCUGAUAGCGCUUACGCUUUUGCCGCUCGUCUUAUCACACAGCAAUCACGUAUACGUUUCGGUGAUCCAUGGCCAUGACCAGGGUUCGCUGCUACCCAGGACUAUGGACAGAGCGAUGCCGCCGUCAGUGCGGGUACUAUACGCCGAGAUGCCGGCCAACAAAUUCAGCACAGGUGCUUUGGAAGCUGUGCUUGAUCUGUGGGCGAACAAGACGAUCGUUGCGUGUCUGCUGCUUAUACCUGAACCGGUGGGAUCGAUCCCCGCGCUAACUGCCACUAAAUACAGGAUCCCCGUUCUCUGGCUUCCUUCAGUGCAACGAGUGGACCAGGAUCGCUGGAAUGAUAUGGUAGUCAGGGUAUCCAUCACACCGUGGGAAUUGUUUUCUGCCCUCAGAUCGUUUCUGUUGCACACUGGAUGGCAUAAAUUUUACGUGUUACACUCAAUUACGAUAGACGAGAGAGUCAAGACAAUGCUAAGCACAACUCCGUUGAGCUACACGUCGGUGCCCAUAUCUUCAGACUCGUCAGACCUUAUAUUAUUCAGAUCCAUGGUAGAACUUUCGACUUCCGAAGCUUCUGUUGUAGUGGUAGUCGGUGACCGGGACUCAGCGCAAACCGUCUGGCGCCAGGCAGCCGCGCUCGGACUUUUACCCACCGGCAACGUGGCGUGGUUGUGGCUGGACAUCGGCAACACCGGUGGCGGCGGCGUCAACGCGACCGGAAAGAGAAAAGGCAAUGUGCCGGUUGGAAUGCUAUCGCUGCGUCCUGUCGCACCACCGCAGGAAGACAAGCACACCAUCAGGGCGGCAGUGCGUGUGUUCGCCGAGUGUAUCAAGGACGUGAUGGCGGCCAGAUGUGAGGGCUGGACACCCAAGGUGUCCCGGGUCGGGGACGCGUGCGUGAAUAUUUUGCGGAGCUCCGAGUUUCCGAGUGAUUUACACAGGCAACUCAGAAGUGCGGUACAUGACGUGCUGUCCGGUCGAUCGAUUGGCCGCCGAGCCAAAGCCAAUGUCGAGAAACCGGACCUCAGCCUUGCCGUCCGAUUUGAUAUUAUGAAUUCGAUUGCCAACAAUCGACAUGCACCAAAUGGAUAUACGAGGGCUUGGAAAAAAGUCGGCACCGUCAGUCCUUCUAGUACUGGCAGACAAUUGGUCAAUUUAGACUCGGUGGUGUGGGCAGGCGGGAAAAUGGUGCCGGCUGCUAAUCUAGGUAGACGGGCUGUGUACAGGGUGGUAACCGCCAUUGGGCCACCAUUCGUCAUGCACGCACCAUUGCAACAGGAUCGCCAGUGUUUACGCGGUAUACAAUGUUAUCAAAUGACGACAACUAACAAGGACAACAUAACGAUGAUAUUCAAGGAUGUCGAGUUGAACUUACACAAAAACACGUCACUACCGGAGACAUAUUGCUGUUUUGGGUUGUCCAUAGACCUGCUGGAAAAAAUGUCAAAAGACUUGGAAUUUGAUUUUCACCUAUACUUAGUGGCUGACGGUACAUUUGGAUCCCAGAAGAUCCAUUGGAAUGGAGUGGUCGGUGAACUCGUGUCCGGUACCGCACACAUGGCUUUCUGUCCGCUAAGCGUCACGUCUUCAAGAUCGAAGUGGGUGGACUUUUCUACCCCUUAUUUCUACAGCGGCGUCUCAAUGAUGGUUGCCCCGAAGAGAAAAACCAACGUUCCGCUUCUCGCAUUUCUGUUACCACUUAGUCCAAGCCUAUGGAUCGCUAUAUUCGUGUCACUUCACGUAACCACAGUGGCAGUGGCGUUGUAUGAAUGGUUCAGUCCAUUUGGCUUAAAUCCUUCUGGCAGACAGAGAUCCAAGAAUUUUGGUAUGCCUUCAGCAUUGUGGGCAAUGUGGGGACUGCUCUGCGGCGCUCUCGUCAAUUUUAAAGCACCAAAAUCGUGGCCAAACAAAUUUUUAAUUAACGUCUGGGGCGGAUUUUGCGUUAUAUUCGUGGCCAGUUACACUGCCAAUAUCGCAGCUCUAAUUGCUUCACUUCUAUUUCAAAAUGCUGAAGUGGAUUACAACGAUCGAAAUAUGUUCUUGAUGAAAGUUGGAUCGGCUAAAUCAUCGUCUGCAGAGGUUUAUUUAAAAGACAAAAAUCCCGCUCUAUGGCAACACGUUCAAAAAUAUUCUGUUCCUGACACAGCGUCGGGCAUGCAAAUGUUAAGAAAUGGCAGUUUGGACAUAUUCAUCGGUGACAAACCCAUUUUGGACUAUUAUAGUGGAACUGAUCAUGAUUGUAAACUCCAAACACACGGAGAUCCACUUUAUGACGACGUUUACGGAGUAGGCAUGACUAAAAACUUUGUUUUAAAGGAAAAGGUGUCUGCAGCAGUUUCAACGUAUAUAAACAACGGUUUCAUGGAUAUCCUACAAAACAAAUGGUUCAGUGAUUUACCUUGUAUCAACCGCGAACUAGAAACGUCAGACCUUGGACAACCGACACCGUUGGGCGUCGAUGCAUUUUUAGGUGUUUUCCUCAUGUUGGGUUGUGGAAUACUAGCAGGCGCUGUUAUCCUCUGUCUAGAACACGCUUUUUAUCACUACGCAUUACCCAAACUUCGACAAAAGCCACCAGAUUCAAUAUGGAGAAACCAAAAUAUGAUGUUCGUUAGUCAAAAACUCUACAAGUUUAUAAAUAGCGUAGAACUAAUAUCACCCCAACACACGGCUAAAGAACUAGUGCACACUUUAAGACAAGGACAAAUCGCAUCUCUGUUUCAAAAAAGCGUACGACGAGUUAGUUUGCCUUUUAUGCAUCCUCAACACGCACAGAAAGAAUUCGAGCGUAGAAAACGAAAAGGUCAAUUCUUCGAAGUCAUCGAAGAGAUCCGAAGAAUACAAAGGGAAGAGAGAGACAACAAAAAACAAAACGUCAGGUUAACAUUAUCAAACUCUCCAACCGCCGGACAGUCUCCGAAACGAACGACAACAAAAUUUUUGUCACCGGCCAGAUUGAGCCUUGGUAGACGUUAUAGCAAGCAGAGGUCACGGAGCUCUGGGAACUUGAGUAUCCGAAGAUACAGCACGGACGUAGCUAGUUAUUCGGAGACCGUAGGAAGACGACUGAGCCAAGGAGCGUCCAACAGUCCACCGGACUUCAACACACGAAAACAACUAAUCAGACGGUCGUCAGGAAAUCCCAGCCCAGCGGAUUCCAGCAGAAUGAGCAUAUUUUCUGCAUCUGAAUUGAUAGGGGCAAAACUUAGCAACAAUAACUUGUACGUGGAAAACGAUCUACCGCGCAGCCCCAACCUCCUGUCUCCGGGUGUAUUUUUUAGGUCAAGUUUUUCCUCGGACACCUCGUCAUCGCGACCUGACUUGGGUAUACAAUCGCGGAAGUCAAGCUACUCUCAGGGACCGCCCCGCGUGGUGAUCAACGGUGAACAGCAGUCGACCCGUCGCAAAUCGGAUGACGAGCCACCAGCCACAUUGCCGAGGAUCGUGGAAGUAAAGAGAGCUCGCCGGUCUAGCGACGGACACCGGCCGACUAAGAACCGCAAGACUGUGGAGGUAUUCCGAUGGCUUAGGCAAGCGCCUAAAACGGAACUGGAAGCGUUGAGCAAGAUGUCCGACGACGAGGUCAAGCAAUGCAUAAUCCAAGCACUAAAGGACAAGGACCCAACUUGAUUACAAGUCGACUGUGUCGAUGGUGGGGGCUGCGAAGACGUCGACGACGAUGACUACGACGCCGAAGAUGCCAUCCCAGUGUAGUUUACGUGAACUGCAGCGUCUAAUGAUUAUUAUUGAUUGCAUAAAAUAUAUUAUUUUAAAUUAUUAUAUUAUGAACGUAAAAAAAA